CACAUCGACCCAGGCCCAUCCUUCCUUCAGCGCCAGUCCUGCCUUUCCUUCCAAGACUGCCUUUGGGCCACUGUGCUGUCCCUGGAAGAGGCCCUUGGACCUUCCACCCCUUCUUCCGCACUCAGUCUGGCAUGGGGGCUCACUUCCUUCUGGAAAGGAAGCAAAUCCCUCAGAGGUUCUCACUCUGGAGCAUACAAAGCUGGAGCGAUCUGGGGACAGUUUCAUUCUGAGAGGGGAGGUUCUGCACAACCAUGGAAGGCUUCCUGCGAGAAGCACCAAAAGUGGGAGGAAUCCCAGAUUUCUGACUGUAUUGGUGUGAGAGCCAGUGCUCCUCGUGGUGGUGCCCGAGCCAUGGAGGCACCUGUGCAGACAGAGAUGGUGGAGCUGGUGCCCAACGGCAAACACUCGGAGGGGCUACUCCCAGUUGUCACCCCUACGGCAGGCAACCAGAGGGUUGAAAGCCCCAGACGGAGCUGUGUUGAGGGUGAGGGCUUCCUACAGAAAAGCCCCAGCAAGGAGCCGCACUUCACUGACUUCGAGGGGAAGACAUCAUUCGGGAUGUCAGUGUUCAACCUCAGCAAUGCCAUCAUGGGCAGUGGCAUCCUCGGGCUCGCCUACGCCAUGGCCAAUACGGGCAUCAUCCUUUUCCUGUUCCUGUUGACAGCCAUUGCCCUGCUCUCCAGCUACUCCAUCCACCUGCUACUCAAGUCCUCAGGGAUUGUGGGCAUCCGUGCCUAUGAGCAGCUGGGCUACCGUGCCUUUGGGAUGCCAGGAAAGCUGGCAGCGGCCCUGGCCAUCACACUGCAGAACAUUGGAGCCAUGUCCAGCUACCUGUACAUCAUCAAGUCGGAGCUGCCCCUCGUCAUACGGGCCUUCCUGAACCUUCAGGAUCACACCUCGGACUGGUACGUGAAUGGGAACUACCUGGUGAUCCUGGUCUCUGUCAUUGUCAUUCUGCCCCUGGCACUGAUGCGGCAGCUUGGCUACCUGGGUUACUCCAGCGGUUUCUCUCUCAGCUGUAUGGUGUUCUUCCUAAUUGCAGUCAUCUACAAAAAGUUUCAUGUGCCCUGUCCGCUGCCCCCCAACUCCAACACCACAGGCAACGUCAGCCUCACGGAGGUCAUCAAGGAGGAGGUACCACUGGAGGUGGAGACUGAGGCCGCAGCCUUCUGCACCCCAAGCUACUUCACACUCAACAUACAGACGGCAUACACUAUCCCCAUCAUGGCCUUCGCCUUUGUCUGCCACCCCGAGGUGCUGCCCAUCUAUACAGAACUCAAAGACCCCUCCAAGAGGAAGAUGCAGCACAUCUCCAACCUGUCCAUCGCCGUCAUGUAUGUCAUGUACUUCCUGGCUGCCCUCUUCGGCUACCUCACCUUCUACGACGGGGUGGAGUCAGAGCUGCUGCACACCUACAACAAGGUGGACCCAUUUGAUGUGCUGAUCCUGUGUGUGCGUGUGGCUGUGCUGACGGCAGUCACGCUCACAGUGCCAAUUGUUCUGUUUCCGGUGCGCCGCGCCAUCCAGCAGAUGCUCUUUCAGAGCCAGGAGUUCAGUUGGCUGCGGCACACGCUCAUUGCCACUAGCCUACUCAUUUGUAUCAACCUGCUGGUCAUCUUUGCCCCCACCAUCCUGGGCAUCUUCGGGAUCAUUGGUGCCACAUCUGCCCCAUGCCUCAUCUUCAUCUUCCCUGCCAUCUUCUACUUCCGCAUCGUGCCCACUGAGAAGGAACCGGCAAGGUCUACCCCCAAAAUCCUGGCCCUUUGUUUCGCUGUGCUUGGCCUCUUGCUGAUGACCAUGAGCUUGAGCUUCAUCAUCAUUGAUUGGGUCUCGGGGACUGGCCAUCAUGGAGGAAGCCACUAGGAUGACCCCCAUCCUAUUCUGUCUGCUUGUCCGAGUACCCCCACCCAGACUCUUCAGCCCCUGCUCCCACCCAGUGGCCAGUCAGGGGGGAGGAGGAAGACGUGGCUAACGCUGUGGCAUUUGGCCCUGCCCCACAUCUUCUCUGUGGAAGAUUUUUGUUAAAAAGCCAGGACCAAGGCCCUUGGGCCACUACCCUGCUGGGCUCCCAGGCUCUAGGGGCUUCCUGAGCUGGGGGCAGGGCGAGGCUGUACCCCUGCUUCCUUCCUGUUGCCUCAGAUCCUACCCAAGCCCCUUAUCCCUUAUACAGAUGCAUACACUGAGGCCUAGCAGCUGCCUCUGAGGUCACACAGACUGUAGGGGCACAUAGAGCUGGGACCCAGGUCUACAGCCAUCCCCCCACCCUGCUGCUGGGCCAUCAAUUGCACCCUAGGGCCUCACCUCCCUCAGCCCUCUUGCCUUCCCUCCUUCUGUCCUCGAGGUCCCUUUCAGGCACUUGGGCUCAGGCCCUUGGAUACUCUUGUCCCCUUCUCCCGUCCCCUCCACUGGGAGCAGGCCCCUCCACCCUAUACCUGGAGCCAGCAGGCUCUUCUGAGGGUGAGGCUGAUGUGGGUACACCCAAGGGACCCCUGCCCUGAACUUUCAACAGUCCCGGGGAGGCUGGGACUCCCCCCACGUCAAGCCUGGCCCAUUGCUCACAUUUCACUGCUGGGAGAAGAGUGAGCCUGGGGCCCAGAGCGCCUCUGCCUCUAGGAGUCAAAGACCCCAGGGGCCAAUCUGGGGCAGGGAUGGAGAGGCUGGCAGCCCCCUUUUAUAAAUAUUAUACAUAAGAUCAGCUGUGUUUUAUAUUCUUGAUCUCCAUGGUCCCUGGGUUCCUGGAAAGUGGGGUGGGAGCCAGGACAUGGAUGGUGAUGGAGGCCCCUCCUGCCUCUCCCUGGGAUGAAGGUGGGGACAGGGCGAGUCCCCUAACCCACCCCGCCCCCUGCCUCCCAAACCAAUGAGUGGUAUGCUCAGACCGGGUUCUGGGCCCGGGCCAGGCUCAACACAGACCUGCUUUCUCACGGGGUGAGGUGGGGAGGAAUUAAUGAGGCCUCAGGAAAUGGGACAGAGAGAGGCCUCCGGAAGGAGGCAACGUGAGAUGCAUCCCCAGCAGCUUCAGGGAGGGUCUGAGCAGGGGGCAGCAGAGCUCUGCGGAAGCCCUGCAGAAGGGCCCCCUGCCCUCCCCUUGCUGCCAUGUCAACCCUCUGUCAAUGCCUUGAGUCUGGGGACAAAAAUCCAAGGAUCCUGUGCCCUGUCAGGCUGAUCUUUUAUUAACAGUAAAACCCACUAUGAAUAAAGGUGGGUCUGUGAGUCGCUGUA